AUUAGAAAUGGCGUCUUCGUGAGUUGUCCUUUUCGCACGAUAUUUUCUCAAUUUUUAUAUUAUCAAAACAUAACUUUAUGUUUACAUUGGAAUGUUAUUGUGCAUACUGUCGCAUUGUUAAGUUUUUCCUGAAUUAAAGUGGAUUUAUGGUUAAUUGUUAAGACAAUGUUUUGUCUCGGGCGAGGCAGUUCGAGCGGCAAUAUAUUUCAGCACUGGAAAAUUAUUCUAUAAGUUGAAGCGCCUUUUCCGCGCCUUACAAUAAUAUAUAACCCUUUAAUAUUACAAAAUGGAUAAGAAAAAUAAGAAGAAAACUGUUAUAAAGCGGAAAGCUGACGACCCUAAUGAGAGUGAAAAGAAGAAAAUCAUGAUCACACGAAAAGUGGAGGAAGAAAAGGAUAAAGUUGAAGUAGUUAAUCAGGUGGUUGAGGUUCCCGUGGAGCAGGGUCAGCAGAUCGUUCACACGGGUCAGAUAGUGGAGGGAAACUUUGAGCAAUCAGUAUUUGUAAAUAUGAAAGGUGAGCCUGUUCAGCUAGGCCCGAAUACAGUUAUACUAUAUGAGCAGACGAAUGGGACUCCGGCUAAUUUUGCGUUUGGCGGGAUGUGGACUAUGGACUCUUCUGGCAGGAUAGUGAUGGCAGAAACAAUUUACGAUGUUAAAGGUGAACCGGAUGAGGAAACCGCGACUUUUGUUCAAAAUACAAGCGAAGUUACUAAUCAACCAGUUGAAGAACAGCCAGCAACAUUUCAACAGUUUGAACUGAGCACCAACUCACAAGUUGAGGGUCAGGAGUAUGAGGUGGCUAUCAUUGAAAAUCCUGGAGAUGGAACUGAAAGAUCUACAGACAGUCAGGUUAUAACAACGGAGGCUCAAUUGGUAGCGACAGGUCCUGGGGCGGUGCGUUGGCUUAAUCAAAAAUAUGACUUUGUUGUACGGAAACUACAGUUAAAUUAUGAUGCGGGUGUAAAGUUAAUGUACUCGGAAUCUGGAUGUAUACAAUGUGUUUACUUCACAACACCGAGUAUGCAACUCGCGUUUAACGCUGUACCACAGUUUUUAUGUAUUGAGACAGGUAUAGAGUUCAAUAGCAGUUUAUCAUCAGUGACUGGCUCAAAUAAUUCCAGUAUCAAACAUAAUGUGACAUUAUUCCUCGCUGAAGAUGGCAACGGAAAGUCUGUUAUUGUUAGUGCAGGUAUUUCAACAUUAAUAGGUGAAGACUUGAGAUGGUUAUUAGAAACUUUUAAAUCUUGUAACCCAGCUUGGAGGCAAGUGCGCUGUGUGGUCUGUGACCCUACUAAGUCACAGGAGGAAGUAAGAUCGGAGUUCCCCAAUGCGCAUGUAACUUGUUCUAUAUGGCAAGCAUCUUGUGCAGCGGCGAAGCUUAUCCUGGAGACGGCUCGGCGUGAGGAUGGGACAGCGGUGCUGCUGAGCACUCUCUCACAUGAGGAUGUAGCCACCCGCUGUAAGGCAUAUGCCCUGGCCACCUUGCGAGGAGAUCACACACCUGUGCAGCUGCAGGCACUAAAACGCAGCAUAAUUGGAACGGGAGCUGGUUCAAUGAGACUAUUAGAGACGGUGACCAAAUGUUCAGGUGCAAUUACGAAGUUUGAUCAGUGGCUGCAGUCGGAGAACUACACUAAUAUAUUACAUAAGGGUCUCGAACGCCUGGUAUCCAAGUUCCAGAACCUGGUGCGUACCCAGGUGCAGCCGGAUGAGUUUGUCUCCUUAUUCUUCAAUGUUGCCAACCAGCUCGAGGAUGAUAGGAGGAACUUCGCCUUGAAUAGACUUAGGGAAAUGGAGAGUUUGAAGCAAUCACCGACAGACACAAUCACACAGUAUGCCUACAAUUUGAUGAGUCAUCAGACAAAACUUGCACAACGAUGUCUAGAUGACAGGACUAGCAGACGUCACAGCAGUGCUGCUAUAUGUAAGUACGGAACAUCAACACAGGAAUGUUCUUGUCUCUUCAGCAAAGUGUUCCGGCUGCCGUGUAGACAUAUAUUGAUGCUUACAACUGAAUUAAAGGUGAAAACUCAUAUACCUUUCGAGCCACGUUGGACGGUCCAGUACUGUCUGUUUGGUUGUGACACCAGUACCAAUGCCACUGCCACCACCGGCAGCAGUGGCACAUUCCUGGAGCAGGUGGUGGUGGAGGAAGGUCACCGGCAGGCCAUUCAGCCCCAGCAGAUACAUGCGGUGGGUGGGGUAAGACAACAGCAGUAUGUUCUAGCAACACCCGGACAGCCAGCCACGCCAGUAUCACAGGUGAUAUUCUGUGGUGGUGGUGUCGGCAGUGUGAGUGGAGUGGGGGGCGCAGCUCCUGUCAUCACUUCAGUGUUACCUGCCGGGGGGGCGGUGUUGACACCACAUCAUACGCUACAUCAGUGAACAGUGUUGUGAAAGUGAAGUGUUUUGUGAAGUGAUAGUGGAAGUAGUAAAAACUUGAAGAUAGUAUAUUAAUUUGCAGUGAUUUCUUUAAAUCAUUGGACAGGUUUGGUUUUUAUUCCGAAAUUAUUUGUUAAAGAACUUCAAAAAUGACAAUAUCUUGGUUAUGGAAUUGCUUCGGAGUGAAUUUACUUUGUCUAGUAUGGCAGAAGUGUGUCAAAUUGCAUACAUUGCCACCAUUAUAUGAUUU